AUAUUUUUUUAUAGCCUAUAAUAUUUAAUAAAAAAUUACAAUUUAUGCAUUGUUAUGAAUAUGGCAGAAAACGAAAAUCAAAAAGAUAUACAGCCAAGAAAGAAAGACAAAUAUAGAAAAGAUAAGCCGUGGGAUCAUGAAGGUAUUGAUCAUUGGAAAGUUGAACCUUUUACAGAGGCAGAUAAUCCACAUGGUCUCAUUGAAGAGUCAUCAUUUGCUACAUUGUUUCCUAAGUAUAGAGAAACAUAUUUGCGUGAAGUGUGGCCACUUGUCAAAGAAAAAUUAGGCAGUCAUCAUAUUAGAUGUGCAUUGGAUGUUGUUGAAGGAAGUAUGACAGUUGCCACUACUCGCAAGACAUUUGAUCCAUAUAUUAUAUUGAAGGCUCGUGAUAUGAUCAAAUUAAUGUCCAGAGGUGUUUCAUAUGAACAGUCCUGUCGAGUCCUUGAAGAUGAUGUAGCAUGUGACAUAAUUAAAAUACGCAAUCUGGUUAGAAAUAAAGAGCGUUUUAUUAAAAGGAGACAAAGGCUUAUUGGUCCUAAUGGUGCAACUUUAAAAGCUCUUGAACUAUUGACAGAAUGCUACAUAUUGGUACAAGGUGGUACGGUUUCUGCUAUUGGGUCAUUUAAAGGCCUCAAGCAAGUUAGAAAUGUGGUUGAAGAGACUAUGAAAAAUAUCCAUCCAAUAUACAAUAUAAAAAUAAUGAUGAUCAAACGAGAGCUCGCUAAAGAUCCUACAUUAAAAAAUGAAAAUUGGAGUCGAUUUUUACCAAAGUUUAAAAAUAAAAAUGUUCAAAGAAAAAAACCAAAAAUUAAAGAAAAGAAACCAUAUACACCGUUUCCACCACCUCAACAAGAGAGCAAGAUUGAUAUUCAAUUAGCAAGUGGUGAAUACUUUUUAAACAAAGAAGAAAAAGUUUUAAAAGAAAGAGAAAACAAAAAGAAAAAGCAAGAAGAAGCAGGUGUUCAGCGUAAAAUUAAACGCCAACAAUCGUUUAUACCUCCUUCUGAAGUUAAGCCAAAUGAUAAAAAUGAUACAGAAACCUCAAAAAAAUCAACUAGUGUUGAUGUUAAUGUGCUUAAAAAGAAUAUUAAAAAGAUUCAAGAGAAAAAAAACAAAAUGAAAAAAAAAUGAAAUCAUUACAAGAGGAUUGGAAACGACAACCGAACAAUUCUAGAGGAUUAGAAACGCCUCAUUAUGUUUUUAAAAAAUUAAAUUAAUAAAAAAAGUUUUUUCUUUAUCUUAUUUGU